AUGCCAUGGCCUGGGAGAGGUUCGGAACUCCUUUGUCGAGCUCGCGUUUACGUCAGCGCGAUGAUGAUGAUGCUAUGGUUCUUGGUCCCACUACUAGCACAGAUCUUGAACACGCAGGAUCCAACUUGGAUCAUGGAUUAUUCUGACGAGCUGGAUGCUGUACGCAAAUAUUACUUAGACAACAUCUUGCAACGUGCCUCCACCGAUGUAGAGAGGCCUGAAGACACCUUUCUGAGUGAUAUCUUGGAGUGGAUUCGAAAGUUUUACGAAGAAGUGGUCUCCAAGGACUUUCGAAGGUUCUACAACCUGCUUCGACCUCCCAGUAGAAUGGACCUUCAGUUUCGGCAUCUGAGGGACGCAAUCGCGCCAUUUGCUGGUCUCCUGGCCCUACGAGCAUUCGGCUGGGAGCUCGAGGAGGUGUCAUCAGAGACAUUCGCUCAUAUCCAUGACAUCGCCGCGCAUGUGCUUGCGCUUCGGCUUCCUUUCGUCAAGUUCGACAGGAGACUCUUGAUAGAAUACGCCAACGACUACGCCGAUCGGGAAUGUCACCGCUCAGGACAUCGCCUCUUUCCUCGAACGCAGAUCCACCAACAGCGCUCCGAAGUGCUCCCUGGGCUGGAAGAGUCCUUCUUGACAUUUCAUAACCGAUUUUCAGCGAGAACAACUUCAACCCCCGCUCAAUGUUCAAUCGCGCCCUCAGAAAGGUCAUCCGCGUUGACCUCAAAUCCUCUUGUCAAUACUCUACCUCGGCCUAACUCUGCGCGCCAGUCUUCUACAAGGUCUGCUCCUCAAGCGCCAAGACUCCAGCCGAGCGAUCGUUCAUGGUCGGAUCAGUUUGAAUCUCUGCCGUUGGCGAUCGUCACCAAUACACUUCCGGAACCCUCUAUGGCUGGUAGCUCCAACCGAGACGAGAAUGAUGAUCACAUCUUGCGCACUCUAUAUAUCGCGCCCGAUGGCGUCACAUUGAUACCUCCACGAUACGCACCAGGCCGGUCAUGUCGCAAGAAGACUCACCACAUCGGUGGAUUCCUUUGA